CAGAAACUGCAUCUUCACGAAUGCUUAAUCCUUGACCUCCUCAGAGCACGCUCCAAGCACGAAUGCAUCCUCGCGGCCCCUGGGAGGGCCACGCAGCAUACCCCAUGAGCUCCAGAGAGUGCUGCCAUCCCUCUGCAGCCCUCCUUCUCUUUCUCUGUCUUCAGCUUCCCACCUCACUCCACUGACAGAUCCCCAGCAGCCUGGAGUUCAGAGAUCAAGAUAGGGUCACCCCACAAAAUCUACGUAUUGAUCCUUCUGGCAGGCUCACACAGGAUAAGCAAUCCGUGGGUUUGAGGAGGCUGCCUGAUCGCUCUGAUCUCCGCUGAUCCCAGACUCCUGAAGAGAAGAACCGCGGGUGCUUGAAUCCGUUUGGACCUGCGGGUGAAGAGCAACUGAGGCAGCAGCGGCAGAGCUGGCCAGACUUGCGCAACCUUCACAUGCAGGAACAAACGAGCCAUUCCCAGGAAGGCUCUGGAAGGGUUUCGGCUGCGAGAAGGCAGAGCACAGAGCAUACGGAUGAGGAGCAAGGCCAGGUGGCUGGUGCUGGGAGAAGGGAGCUGAGUGUGCAGUUUGGGGACAGCGCUGACGCUGAGAGUGAUGAAGAUCCUGACCCUCCUGAGGACCCGCUACUGAACUCUCUGCCUGAGCUCUCAGUGCUGGAGCGGCUGGGCCUGCACAGAGUGGCUUUAACGGAGCAGGACGUGGAGGCAGCAUUCGCGCACUUAGCCCUGGCCUUCCGUUGCGACAUGUUCACCCUGCGGCGGCGGGUGCAGGUGGAGGAGCGGGCGCGGAACGUGGCAGAGGAGAACAUUCAGCAGGAGCUGGAGGAGUGCCAGGCAGCGCUGCAGAGGCUGGGCCUGUCCUGCGUCGACCCCAAGCGCAAGGAGCUGGUCAGGCAGUUGCAGCAAAGCCUGACGGUGCUGGUGGGGUCUGUUGAGCGGGCGACGAGCGCAGCAGAGAAGCUGGGGGCCGUUCAUCAGGAGGCGCGGAUGAGCCGGGCAGCAGAGGUGAUGGUGCAGCACGUGGAGAACCUGAAGAGGCAUCACUUGCGGGAGCACACAGAGCUGGAGGAAAUGAAGCGGCUGAUCCAGCAGAACUCCCGCAACCGGCAGCUGGCUGAGAACAGGGAUGACAGUGAGCAGAGACUGAAACUGCCCCUGAUGCGAACGUUCCAGCAGGCGUCCGCACGUCGGAGAGUCAGCAUCGCAGUCAUUCCCAAACAGCUCACGCUGUUUCCCAGCCCCGAAAGUGGGCGAGCACCCGAGGGGGAGGCAGCCAAGGCAGCGUGGGAGAGCAGCCCUAGCACAGAGAGGGAAACCUGCUGCCUCCAGGAGGACUCCACCGAUGGAUACUUCAUCCUGCGCUCAGACUCGUCCAACUACUUGCACCGAAGCCAGCCACAGGCAGACAGAAUCGAGUGUGAGGGGGACAGAGGCCGCUACGCAGAAGGGAGCGAGCCGGAGCUGUGGAGAAGGGGAAGCACCAGCAAGCCCAUGAAAGAGGAACCCGAUGGGGCAUCAGACAGCGGCGGGCUGACGGAGGAGCUGGAGCAGCUUAGUCUGACGUCCCCAGCAUCUGGGAAAGAGAUCCCCUGGCCUUGGGUCUUUCUGCCCCAGCACUACUGGCUUUUCCUGGGGCUGCUUUUCCUGGGGCUCACAUGCCUGGUUCUGAUGCGGAUUCUGGAGCUGCAGAAACAGCAGCCAGCACCACCCCCCCACUCCUAGCAUGAAAGAGGAAGAGGACUCAGCCCGAGAGACACAGCAUGCUAUCCCAGGCUUACUUUUAAAAACAAAAUAAUAAUAAAAACAGGAGGGGGAAAAGGGGUUUAGAUGUUUGGGGAAACACAAACCUCCCUCCUCCAAGCCCCAACAUGGCUGCAGGAGGCUUAGUGAUGUGAAAGGAGCUGUGGGUGCCCUGAGGAGCUAUGGGGCCAUUGCCCUAACUUGUACCCAUGCCAGCUGGGCUCAGCAGUACCAGAUUGUCCCUUGUCAGCCUAAUCUUGGUCUGGUGCAAGGGUCCCUUGUACUAGGAUGGGCUAAGGGUGUGGGUGAUAGUGGAGGGGUGGGAGGCUGUGGGUGCCUCCACCAACUCCUGUCCUCCUCUCCUUGCCCUUCGUGCAUAGCUGUAGGUACUGCUGCCUCCUCCACUUUUGCUUAUACACUCUGGGUGAGGGGGAUUCUCACUUCCUCUCUAUGGGGGGGGGGGGAGUAGAGGGAGAAGAGAGACAGGUGCAAGGGAGAUGCUUUAACAUAUGGACUCCUGAACAAACACGUGCUGCCUUUAGUUCUCUUUGGAGUUCUUGUUUGGUUGCUAUUAAGAUGUUCAGGUGGAUUUGCAGAAGGGUCCCAUACUUGUAACCAAGCAGCUGCAGGUGUAAGGUUUGUACACAUCAGCUGCUUGCGUAGUGGUAUGCUCUCCCCUCUCCAUCUGUCGAAGAGCUCCCCACUACCAUGUUUGACCCCAGGGCUGAGCUGCUGGAAGAACCAAUGUUAUUUUGGCAGCACCCAGGAAGGUACCGGGUGCAUCGCCCAGAGACAGAUGCUCUCCCUCUCCUGCCGCUUACAAUUGAGUAAUCAGUGGGUUGGGCAUUAAAGGGGGCAUUUUCCUCUAGCUGCUUGUGGAGUUAAGGGAAACCCCAGCCAGGAAAUUAAUGAGAUGCCCAGCAGGCUUUGCUUGUCUCAGCCCCAGAGCUAGUGGCUGGCUCAGUACAGCCACUCUGCUCUCCCUGCCUUUGAUAUGGUCAUAAAGAGGAGUUCUCAGAUCACCUGAUUUGCCAGCCAGCCUCCCCUCUGUGGUUCCACUCCCCGGUGAUUGCCCACACCUGCGGGAGGAGGUUACCCUCCUCCCCCCUGCCGGGCCGGUGGCAGCUCCGGGGCCGAGGAAGGUUUGCCCUGCUGGGGGGGGGGGGGGGAAGGUCUAAUGGAGCCCAGCAGAGGAUUAGUCGGGGACAGAUUUAUCCACAAGCUGUAAAUCUAUUUCCCGGCCGUGCAUUCUUUAUCUCUGGGAAGCACGUGGCGGGCUCUCCCCCGGGGAGGGGCGGGGUCAGAUAUUCAGAAACACACACAGCCGAGUCCUACACAAAUAUAACACACCUCCUCCCCUCACCCCGUAACCUAUGCAAAUAAGCAGACAAAGGAAGAGUUCCUGCCCGCUCCCCCGGGUCUGUAAACAACCGCCUUAAAGUUUGUGCACCUAUAAAAACCCAGAGGCGCUGGUGGAGGCAGGAGCCCGGGGAAUAGGCAACCCCCCUGCUGCUUUGCAGUGUCGUUUCUGUAAUGAAGCCCUAAUGAGCACGGUGUGUGGGGCUCCCCCAGGACUUUGUGAUGCUGGUUAAGUUGGGUGUGUGUGUGUGUGUGUGACAGACAUAAAUGUAUCUGUGUUUUACAACCAGAUGGUCCAGCUCCCUUCUGUCAAAGCAUCUAAGCCGGUGGCUCUCAACCUUUCCAGACAACUGUACCCCCUUCAGGAGUCUGAUUUGUCUUGUGUACCCCCAAGUUUCACCUCACUUAAAAAUAACUUGCUUACAAAACUGGACAUAAAAAUACAAGUGUCACAGCCACUAGUACUGAGAAAUGGCUGACUUCCUCAUGUUUACCAUAUAAUUAUAAAAUAUAUCAAUUAGACUAUAAAUAUUGUACUUACAUUUCAGUGUGUAGUAUACAGAGCAGUAUAAAC